AUGGGUGACGACUUCUACGUCCGGUACUAUAUUGGGCACAAGGGCAAGUUCGGACACGAGUUCCUAGAAUUUGAGUUCCAUCCCGAUGGCAAGCUGCGGUAUGCGAACAACUCCAACUACAAGAACGACACCAUGAUCAGGAAGGAGGUGUACGUCACAGAUGCAGUGCUUGCAGAGCUCAAGCGCAUCAUCUCGGAGAGCGAGAUCCUGAAGGAGGAUGACGAAAACUGGCCCGUCCCAGACAGGGUGGGGCGGCAGGAGCUGGAGGUGGUCCUGGGUGGGGAGCACAUCUCCUUUGCCACCACCAAGCUGGGGUCUCUCCUCCAGGUCCAGUCCAGCAAGGACCCAGAGGGCCUCAGGGUCUUCUACUACCUGAUCCAGGACCUCAAAGCACUCGUCUUCUCACUGGUGUCAUCGCAUUUCAAGAUCCAGCCCAUCCAGCGGUGA